GGAGCGUGCGAGGGAGGGGUGCGAGGGGCGCGGCGACUGCGAUGGCGAGGCCGACAGCGGCUCCGACAUGUCGGGCGGUGGCGAGCGGCGCGCCUCCACCUGCCGCGUGGAGCUGGGCGCGCUGCUGGCGCCGGAGCCGCGCCCGCUCGACAACAAGGUCAAGCGCCACAGCAUCCACGGCAUGACGGAGGAGGAGAACGUGGUGCGGCCGCACCAGGAGAUGGCAGUGCUCUCGCUAGAAGAGAAGAAGUUCCUGCUGGGCGUGGAGCGCGGCGAUGUGGCGGGCACGCGGCGGGGGCUGCAACGCGCGCGCGACACCGGCCACAUUAACGUCGACUGCGUGGACCCGCUGGGCCGCAGUGCGCUUCUCAUGGCCAUCGACAACGAGAACCUCGAGAUGGUGGAGCUACUGCUCGAGUUCGGCGUAGAGACGCGAGACGCGCUGCUGCACGCCAUCUCUGAGGAGUUCGUCGAGGCCGUGGAGGCGCUGCUCGACCACGAGGAGCGCACACGCAAGCCCGGGGAGCUUCACAGCUGGGAAGCGCUGCCGCCCGAAACGGCGACCUUCACGUCGGACAUCACGCCGCUCAUCCUGGCGGCGCAUCGCGACAGCUACGAGAUAAUCAAGCUGCUGCUGGACCGCGGCGCCGCGCUGCCCGUGCCCCACGACGUUCGUUGCGGCUGCGACGAGUGCGUGCGCUCGCGCCGCGAGGAUUCGCUGCGCCAUUCGCGCUCGCGAAUCAACGCCUACCGCGCGCUCGCCUCGCCCUCGCUCAUCGCGCUCUCCUCCAAGGACCCCAUCCUGACAGCAUUUGAGCUGUCGUGGGAGCUGCGCCGGCUGUCGGCACUCGAGCACGAGUUCAAGACUGAGUACCAGGAGCUGCGCGUGCAGUGCCAGGAGUUCGCGACCGCGCUGCUAGAUCACACGCGCACCUCGCAUGAGCUGCAAGUGCUGCUCAACCACGAGACCGGAGCACCGCCCGCAGCGCUGCCCGAGCCCGGCGCGCCCGAGCGCAUGCGCCUCUCGCGCCUCAAGCUCGCCAUCAAGCUGCGCCAGAAGAAGUUCGUCGCGCACCCCAACGUGCAGCAGCUUCUGGCCUCCAUCUGGUACGAGAGCGUGCCGGGCUUCCGGCGUAAGAAUAUGCUGCUGCAGGCGGCGGAGAUGACGCGCAUCGGCGCUAUGUUUCCGCUCUACUCGCUGGCGUACAUUGCUGCGCCAUACUCGGCCCUCGGCCGCACGCUGCGCAAGCCCUUCAUCAAGUUUCUGUGCCACUCCGCCAGCUACUUCAUGUUCCUUUUCCUGCUGAUCCUGGCGUCGCAACGGAUCGAGACGGCAGCGAGCGGGGUGCUGUGGGCCGCGCCGCGCGCGCCUCCCACGGCGCCUCUGUCGCGCCGCGGCUCCCUGCCCUCGCUCAUCGAGUGGCUCAUACUGGCCUGGGUUAGCGGCCUGAUCUGGAGCGAGGUGAAGCAGUUGUGGGACAUGGGGCUGCGCGAAUACGUGCACGACAUGUGGAAUGUCAUCGACUUCGUCACCAACUCGCUCUACGUGGCGACAAUAGCCCUCCGAGUCGUCUCCUAUUUCCAGGUCCGGCGCGAGAUGGCACGCGAGCUGCAAUGGAACCAGCCGCGGGAGAAGUGGGACGCGUGGGACCCCAUGCUGCUGUCGGAGGGCCUCUUCUCGGCGGCCAAUAUCUUCAGCAGCCUCAAGCUGGUGUACAUAUUCAGCGUCAACCCGCAUCUCGGGCCGCUGCAGGUCUCCCUCAGCCGCAUGGUGCUCGACAUUUUAAAGUUUUUCGUUUUGGAUAUUCUCGUUAUCUUCGCGUUUUCUUGCGGGUUGAACCAGUUGUUAUGGUACUACGCAGAAAUGGAGAAGAAACGGUGCACGACGGGGUCUGCGGGGGCGGCGGGUGCGUCGGGGGCGGCGGGGGCGGCGGCCAACAGCACCGUCGUCGACCCCGACGCGUGUAUCGUGUGGCGACGGUUCGCCAACCUGUUCGAGACGAUGCAGACGCUGUUCUGGGCGGCGUUCGGGCUGGUGGACCUGGACUCCUUCGAGUUGGACGGCAUCAAGAUCUUCACGCGUUUCUGGGGCAUGCUUAUGUUCGGCACGUACGCCGUCAUCCAGGUCAUCGUGCUGCUCAAUCUCCUCAUCGCCAUGAUGAACCACUCCUACCAGCUCAUAUCGGAGCGCGCCGACGUGGAGUGGAAGUUCGCGCGCAGCAAGCUGUGGAUCAGCUACUUCGAGGAGGGGGGCACGGCGCCGCCGCCCUUCAACGUGGUGCCCUCGCCCAAGUCCGCGCUGUACGCGUGGCGCUGGCUGCAGCGCCGGCUGUGCGGGCACGCGCGCGCCAAGCGCGAGCACAUGCGCACCAUCCGGAGGAAAGCGAAGCAGGCGAAUGAGCGAGAUUUUCGAUACCAGGGCAUCAUGCGCAACCUGGUGCGGCGCUACGUGACGGUGCAGCAGCGACGCGCGGAGAGCGGCGGCGUCACCGAGGACGACGUCAACGAGAUCAAGCAGGACGUGAGCGCCUUCCGCUGCGAGCUGGUCGAGAUCCUGCGCAACUCCGGCAUGAACACCUCCACCGCCAACGCGGGCGCGCCAGGCGGCGGCGGCGGCAAGAAGAACCGACAGAAGGAGCGCCGGCUGAUGAAGGGGUUCAACAUCGCGCCGGGCGGACCGCUGGCGCCCGUCGACGAGUUCCUGGCCUCGCUGCACCACGAGCACCACGAGCACGGCGGGCACGGCGGGCACGGCGCCCACGCCUCGCUCUCCGCGUUGCUGGGCGGCCGUCUGCGCGCUAGCCAGUCCAGCCUGUCGGACGGCGGCGGGCCGCACGCGCCGCACGCGCCGCACGCGACGCACGGCCGCAAGCCGACGCACAAGCGGCGCUGGGGCACCAUCAUCGAGGCCGCGCGCGCCGCCCGCGUCUCGCGUCUCAUCGGCCGCUCGCGCUCCGAGGACUCCGUCUGCGACCACGCCCGCCCCUCGCCCAGCGGCAGCGAGCGCUCCGAGUCCGGCAGCGACUCGCAGCGCAGCCCCGAGCGCGCGCGCAGCGGCCCCCUGCAUCCGCUCUCCGCGCUCGCCGCCCUCAAGCGCAAGCGCAAGAAGUUCUCCGACUCCCGGCGCGCCGCCGCGCCCGACCAGCGCGCCAGCGAGGCACUCCAGCGCGCCAGCUCCGAGUCGUGCGGACAGUGCGGGUACGAGGCGAGCGAGGAGUGCGCGGCGGGCGGAGCGGGCGGAGCGGGCGGGACGGCGAGCGGGGCGGCGGGCGGGGCGUGCGGGCGGUGCGCGGCGCUGGCGCGGCUGGCGGGCGUGACGCCGCUCCACGGGCACGCGCCGCACCACUCUGCGGGCUGGCUGUAG